GAUUGAUCAGAUGCGAGUCGUUCGGCACGCUGCCUCGCCGCGCGCCCAUUCAUCAGACGGGGGCCGAGAGGAGAAUCGCCUUGUGCUAACGCGGAGCCUAAUUCCGCAGAUUCUCAGAAUAUGCUCGCGCCUUGCACUUCGUCUUCGGCCGUUACAGUGUGAGCGAGCGUACGUCCGUGUCAGCAAAGUCGCCACAAGUUGUCGACCGGGUUCUCCUCCUCCUUAUCUUCGCUGUCUGCUCCGCCCCACGGGCGAGCAUUUGGUUCGACCCCAGCGUGGACUGCUUGUGGUUCUCCUCACGGCCGAGAAGCUUCGUCGAAGGGCGCAGAUUCUGGUGCUCUCGGUGCUGAAAGUGCACAACAUCUUCCUUUCGUGAUUCGAACGCCCACUUGUUGGAGAAGAAACGAACUGGCUGGAAUCUCUCGUACGUUGGAGCUGGAAUGCGGUAGAGUUUAUCAGUGUGAUCGACCGAACUUCUGGAGUUUCUCUCACGAAAUAUCAAUCUUACCAAAUGAUGUAUUUUAGAGUUUUCUAAUGGUUUGAAAGAUUGUGCAUGUCUUCAGCUUUUCCUCCUCAUUCAGUGCCUCCGUUGUUCUCAUUGCUCAUCGCGCUUACGGAUGCAUCAUCAUCGAUCUAUUUUUGGUUUAACAAGAUUGAAUGGGUGACAUUUCAACCUUCGACUCUCUCUCCUACGUUUCACCCAUGUGCAGAAUAUGCUCUUGUUUGAUCAACGCAUCUCUCGUCCGGAGGCCCACUUCGUGACUAAGUUGAUUCCCUUUGAGUUCAGUUUGAAACAAAUUAGAAUAAUUUAUACGUAGUCCAAGCAAACAGUGAGGAAAGUGAGAUAGUGGGUAGGUCAAAUAACAUUCGAAUCUGAACAUAUUAGAGGUAGUUGUGUGACGAAAUCCUAUAGGUGUGUUGGAGUAAUUUGUCAUUUCUGCUGAAUCUGGUAGAUAGUUAUGUAGGAUGGGACGUUUCUUCUCUUUGAAUGUCUCGACCCGACGUUCUUGUCGAACGUGUUAUUGUCAAUACAUGUUCCUUUGUCAGAGGGAAGAAUCAUAACCCAUUUCCUGCAACGGGUUUUCCGAGUUCGUUUGCUCUGGAGGGGACAUGACACAGGUGCGACCAAUCCCAGCAGAUUCUCGAUGUCCUGUACGAUUUAGCAAGGACAAGAUCAAUCACCUCGAAGAGCUUCGUACAUCAAAACAAUUGAAGACGGUGGCGACUUGGCGUACUCAUGAUGAACUUAAAUUCUUUUUGAGGAGGAAGAUAAAGAUAGCGUCCGCCGUUUUCAACUUCGACUCCGUAGAAGGUUCUCAAUUUUUGAAGCCGAACUACUUCUUACUUUGAUGACCUCAAUGUAUUGCUCCAUCAACGCUGAAACGAAAUUAUGGAGUAACAUCGUUAACUUGCACACCAACCAAGCUCUCCCAUUGUGUUCGAAAAUUUUCCUAAGCGGAUUCGGGCAACCUCGUGUUUUCUGAAGAUUGCGCAUGGAUACGAAGAAAAAUCGAAGGAAGAGUUUUCUUGGACGACAGGAAGUACUGUAGAGAUAGACUAGAUGUGUGUCAAACCAUGCUAGUAUUACAUUCUGUUGCUAAUUCUUGAACCUGGAAAGGACUGCAUCUAAUCUUAUUCCUCCCUCUAUUCCAGUAUUUACUAGGAUACUUGAUGCUGGCUGAAGGAAAGCUGCGAAAUUAGUGCCACAGCAUCUCGGAAAACUUGUUAGUUGGAUAAUCCUAAGCAAAAUCGAGAUACUGGUUCUUAUUCCUCUCUUUUUUCAAACUCAAUCCCUUUUUUUUCUCUCAGAUGAUCAUUGCGUGUUUGAUAUGCUCAUUCCGUCUUUGACGACAUUCUAUAUGUGCAGGUACAGAUCUAUAGUCUUUGGACUUACCUUCGGCAUAUCUAAGGCUAUGUACAUGCAAAGUAAAACGUCGAGUAUUCCAUGUAUCCAAAAGUUGCGAUGAUGAUGAUGAGUUGUUUCUUCUCAAGCUAGCAAAAUGGAAGAAGUAGAUAACAAAAAGGUGGGAAUACCCCAUCUAGCUCUUUCUUCCCAAGCUAUCAGUAUGAGACAAGUAGAUAAGAAAAAGGUGAAGAAUUUACCAUCAAGUCAUAUAAAGAGUACAUCAAGACAAGAUCUCGAUAGUAUCACUACGGAAAAUAUGGUAUAAAACACCCAAAUUGAAUCAAUUGUCAAUCCUAUUAGCUUUCGG